AUGGAUGGUGAUUUCCCAUCUUACCUAUCCACUCAAUACAACAUAGAGAAACUCGACUUAUCCAACAAUUCUCUUAGUGGAAAUGUUCUUGAUUGCUUGUGGGGCCUUACAUCAUUCAACACUCUCAAUCUCUCAUGCAAUCAAUUUCGAAGAAAGCUUUUGUCAUCAAAGUUCAGUAAGUUGAGUGCUCAAUAUGUUGACUUGCUUAGAAACAAGUUAGAAGGGAAUGCUUUUGUUCCUCAUCCUUAUGUAGAAUUCUUGGACAUGUCUGAGAAUCAAUUUGAUGGCAUCAUUUCAGAAAACAUUGACGAAUAUGACCAGAGUCAACUCAAUUACUUGUCACUUGCAAAUAAUAAUAUGAGUGGUGUCUUUCCACAUUCUAUUUGUGAAGGAAAUCACUUGGAAGUUCUAGAUGUGUCAAAUAACAGGUUCACACGUAAUAUUUUUGCAAGUUUUGGGAAUUGCUCAACACCACUCAAAGUUUUGAAUCUAGAAAAUAAUAAUUUGGAAGGUGAGAUUAGAAGAAUGGUUUGUCUUCAAACAUUGAAAUUAGGAGGCAACAAACUACAAGGUACAAUUCCAUCAUCACUUCAAAAUUGUACUUCUUCAGAGAUUCUAGAUUUGGGAUAUAAUAACAUGCAGGGAACAAUCCCAAAUUGGAUAGGGAAUUUAAUUGGCCUUCGAAUUUUGGUGUUGAGAUCUAAUAAAUUCAAAGGUGGAAUAUGCUUAGAGUUGACAAAAUUAGAAAAUCUUCAAGUCUUGAUUUUGUCAAACAACAAUCUAUCUGGAGCUAUUCCAAGUAGCUUAAGAAACUUAAGAGCAAUGGCAAAUCAAACAGAAAGUGCAAAAGUCCUCAAGUUCUCAAAUUCAAGCUCAAUGCCUUAUUUAGAUAAAAUUAAAAUAAACAACAAAGGGCUAGUUCUAGAAUAUGUGAAAUCUUUGGAAUUGGUUCGGUGUCUUGAUCUCUCAAACAACAACUUCUCAGGUGAUAUUCCUUAA